UUUCGCAGUUUCUCUGCUCCUUCAAACUUUUGCUUCUUGUAGCUCUUAGCAAUGUUGUCAACCCUAGCAACAAAGACGAAAACAAAAUUGAAAGAUGUGAAAUCCCUUGGACAGGAGCUCCUCUCCUCAAAAGCGCACAUCAACAACCUGCCUCUCCUCCUCAAUUUCAUAUCCCCGUUGUCGCCACCUCAGUUCAUUCUUGAAUCACUCCUCUCUCUCCAGGCCUUCUUCACUACAAUUCUUCAGGAGCACCCUCUGUCUUCUUCUGCCUCUAAACGACAACGUUCUAAGGAUUCCGCUAAGGAUGACUCUGAAAUGAUUUACCAUACGUGGCUGAGAUCAAAGUUUGAUGAGUUCGUUAGGUCGCUGAUUGAGGUUUUGGUGUCAUCAGAACCUGAAGAACCUUUGAAAGAAGUUAUUUUGGAUACAUUCAUGGAGUUUGUUAAGAUGGGAAGUGGUGGAAAGUUUAACUCCUCUAUUUACCAGAAAUUACUGCAUAGUAUUAUUAACUCUGAGGCACCUGCUGAAUUUUUGUCAGACUUGCUGGCGUCUAAGUAUUUGAAGUAUAUUGAUGUCCGGUAUUCCUACAGAGCUGCUUUACAGUUUCCAUGUUUAACUUGUUUCUAAUGAUCAUAUCUGGGAUUUUGGGUUCUAAGUGCAUCUUUUUGUUCUAUAAUUUUAUCAUUUUAUUGUUGAUCAGGUCUCCCAUCAAUGUUAUAGACUUCUAGUGAUUUUCUUUUUCCACUUUUGAUGAAUAUAAGUCAUCCUCCAUUGUGAAAGAAGUCUCAGUUUGUUAUGGUUAACAAACCUAUUGCCACUAAUAUACUAAUUUUUUGGCU